UCCCACUGCCGGGGCCGCUCCCCCCGCGCCGGAGGCCGGAGCCCCGGUCGGGGCCGGCCGGGCGGUGCUGGGCUGUCCGCUCCGCUCCCGCUCCCGCUCCCGGUCCCGCUCCGCUCCCCACAGCGAUGGGCUCCGGGCGCCGCCGCUCGCCCCUGCCCGCGCUGCUGGUGCUGCUGGUGCUGCUGGUGCUGCUGGUGCUGCCGCCCGCGGCGUGGAGUGACUGUGGGCCGUUGCCAACCAUAAGCCACGCGGAGCCCCCAGAGGACUCUAAGCAUCAGGGAAGCUUCAGCGUCGGCUCCAGAAUAACGUACAGUUGCCAUAGGGGUUACAUUAAACGCCCCUUGCUGUCAGAUACGAUACAGUGCCUUACAAACUCCCAGUGGUCCAACCUCCCGGAGUUCUGUGGCCGUAGCUGUCUCAGCCCACCACGUGUGCACUUCGCUAGAAUAUCGCAAGAAGAUGAAAUAAAGAAUUUUUAUGCUGUUAACGUCACCGUGAAAUAUAAUUGUCGCCCAGGCUACGAGAAUACCACGGCCCAGCUCCCCACCAGCAUGUGUCUCGAUGAUUUAAGCUGGUCAGAAGUUCCCGAGCUGUGUCGGAGGAAAUCUUGUGGUAUUCCAGAAAAUCCAGAAUAUGGCAAAGUUAUUACAAGUGAUCACCUGUUCGGUGCAAGGGCAGAGGUGGUCUGUAACCGUGGGUACACGUUGAAGGGAGCGUCACGGAUCAUCCGUUGUUCCAUAAGGGGAAGUGAAGUGGGCUGGAGCCAGCUUCCCACUUGUCAGGCUAUUUCUUGUUCUCCACCUCCAGCUAUUCGCAAUGGGACGCAUAACAGCAGCGGUACAGAGGAGUUCACGUACAACUCGGUGGUGAUGUACACGUGUGAGCCUGGGCUCCAGCUUGUGGGAAAUGAAACUCUUCAUUGUACAACAGAAAACCAGGUCGAUGGCGUCUGGAGCGGGUCUCCUCCCGAAUGCAGGGUUAGCACUACAGCAGCGACAAACCAAACUAAACCCUCGGAAGAGAAGAUAGGAGGGAAUCCUUACUGGCUAGUGAGUAUCCUCAUCCCAAGUUGCAUUGUUCUCCUAGUAGCCCUUGGAAUUCUAGCUGGGAUCAUCAUGAGGUGCAACGACAAUAAAAUCCAGUCUUACGAUAUGGGUUUACAAAAGCACGAGAUGAAGGGAAGGGAUCCACCAACACAUCCAAAAGGACCAGAUGAUGAGAAGCAGCCCUUGCCGUGGCAUUCCUAUUUUUGCCACACAACGAGUUGCCACGUGUGUCCCACCUGCGAGGAGCAGCUGCACGCCGCCCUGGCCCCCCACGCCGAGCCCCCGCACCGCGGCUGUGCCGCCUGCGAGGACUGGCUGAGCGCCCAGCCCGGCACGCCGCGCACCUACUCGGUCCCCAGCAUCGGCGGCAGGGACAGCCAGAGCCCAGCGGGCACGAGCUCUCCUGCCCAGGCUGCAGAGGUGCUGGGGGGUGACGGCACAGGAGAAGCUGUUUCGGAGUGGAGCAAGGUGGAGCAGCCCUCGAACCGUGAAAGAGGGACUCAACAUAGGACCUCAGUGAUGCUUCUCCACAGCAGCCACCACAUCUGCCCCAUCUGUGAGAACUGGCUGCGCGCCCACCUUGGCCAGUGUGACAGUGCAACACCUGGGGGGCGGCCGGGGGGGCCCCGCCGGCAGGACGAGAGCCCAUGGGGUCCCGUCUGCCCCCCCUGCACCGACCGGCUGCACAUCUCCCUUGUCCACAGCGACAGGGCGAGCUGCCCCGUGUGUCCCCUGGCCGGCGAGGGGACCCUGGCUCACCUUGUCUCCCACUGCACCCCCAGCUGCCACGUCUGCCCCGUCUGCGCGGUGCCCACCCACGCACACCUGUGCCAGCCCCAGCACCCAGCACCCAACGCUCAGGGGUUAUUAACCCUUUCGUGCCAGGGGCCGGGCCGGAGAGCUUUACCCCGCGCUGCCGGGGGGAGCGGGGGGAGCCCCCAGCCCAGCACCAGCCGCCUCUUUUGCUCUUUCCCUGUUGUCAAGCGGCGUCGUUCCUUACCCAGUAACGGAGGGAGCGGCCCCGGGAGCCCAGCCCCACCGCGGCAGCGGAGGCAUCAAAGAAGCGGGGGCUGGCCCGGCCCCUGCCCGCCCCGGAAAGGGCCGUGCUGCGGCUCAGGGCUGCAUCUGGCAUCCGCGCCGGCGUCCGCACCCGCACCCGCACCGGGACCCGCACCGGGCGCAGCCAUGACGCUGCUCUGGCUCUGCGCGGUGCUGCUGGCGCUGCCUGGCGCCUGGGGUGAGUGUGGGCAGCCACCCCGGUUUGCCUUCGCGGAGCCCCCCGUGCCCCUGGAGCCGCCCUACGCCGUCGGGGCCACGCUGAGGUACAGCUGCCGCCCGGGGUACACGAUGGCCAGGGGCAAGUCCCCCGUGGUCACCUGUGGCCCCAACUCCCUCUGGUCAUGGGACCCUGACUUCUGCAUCGGAAAGUCAUGUGGUCCACCGGACAUCAUGAACGGCAAAUUUGACUACACGACCGACCUCUUGUUCGGGGCGAUGAUAACCUUCACCUGUAACUCAGGGUACCGAUUAGUUGGGGCAUCAUCUGCGCAAUGUGUACUUGACGGCAAUGAAGUUUCUUGGAGCAGCAUUCCACACUGUGACAUUAUUCCCUGUUUACCACCUCCUGAGAUCAAGAAUGGGCAGCUCACCGAUGGGGACAGAGAUUUCACCUUUGGCAUGGUUGUAACCUACAGAUGUAACCAGGGUUUUUCUCUUAUUGGAAAUGAGACAAUUCACUGUACGACAAAUGAUAACCUUAAUGGAAUAUGGAGCAGUCCAGCCCCUGAAUGCAAAGUGGUCAAAUGUAAAAAUCCAGAAGUGAAAAAUGGGAAAAGGUUAUCCGGCUUUGGCACUGAGCACACGUACAAAAAUACGGUGGUCUUUGAGUGUAAUCCUGGUCAUGUAUUAAAUGGUAGCAAUAUAGUGACUUGUGAAGCAGACAGUACCUGGAAGCCACCUCUGCCAACAUGUGACCCAGUGUGUGGUCCUGCUCCACACUUCUCUUUCGCUGAGUUAACAAGUAUUGUGGGUGACAGCUCUCUUGCUGGAACUGAAUUGAGAUAUCAGUGUAAACCGGGUUAUGACACGGCAAGUGGAAAGUCAUCUGUUGUCACUUGUCUGAGUAAUGGAACUUGGUCUGCAGAGCCAGACUUCUGUAUACGACAGCAAUGCACUCAUCUCACAUUAGCAAACGGGGCUGUGAUUGCAGCCAAUUUCCUGUUUGAGACCGUUGUGACAUUCAUAUGUGAGCCUGGGUAUGAAUUAAAGGGGUCGUCUUCUGCCAAAUGUGUGGUAUCCGGGAACGGAGUUGAUUGGGAUACAGCACCUCCUCGCUGUGAAAUUAGGAGCACUACUCAUCCACCCUUGCCGACAUUCCCCAGCAUUCUCUGUGAAGAGCCCCCCACAAUUGACAACGGGAUGCACAAUGGCACGAAGGGCACACGCUUUGUCCAUGGCUCAGUGGUAGUCUAUGAAUGCAAGGAUGGCUUCACCCUUGCUGGACCAGCUUCUAUUCACUGUAAAGCAGAUCAGCAAUACCCUGGAGUCUGGAGCAAACCUACCCCUGAAUGCAGAGGUGACUUACCUCCUGUGCCUAGUCUUGCUGCCUCCUCUCUGUCUCCACUCUUGCCGACAUUCCCCAGCAUUCUCUGUGAAGAGCCCCCCACAAUUGACAACGGGAUGCACAAUGGCACGAAGGGCACACGCUUUGUCCAUGGCUCAGUGGUAGUCUAUAAAUGCAAGGAUGGCUUCACCCUGGCUGGACCAGCUUCUGUUCACUGUAAAGCAGAUCAGCAGUACCCUGGAGUCUGGAGCAAACCUACCCCUGAAUGCAGAGGUGGAGCGAACAUGAUCAUUGCUGGAAUCUUCCCCCUCCUCCUGGCAAUGCUGAUUAUGAACCUCUAGAUUAGGGAACAGGCACAGUGGCGAGGCACCUGUAGACCUGUUGGACUUGAUCACACUGAUCUCAGUGCUCUGCUUUUCCAUCCUGUGAAAUUGGCCUUGAAGCAGCAAUCAACAGACCUUGGAUGACAAAGCCCAGACCCUGCGCUACUGCCUGGGAAGCACUUGCACUUUGGCUGCAGCUGCAGCAGCUGCACGCUGUGUUGGACACACAACUCAUGCGCAGGGAUGGGGUGGGAUGGGAUAGGAUGGGAUGGGUUAGGAUGGGAUGCUUUCUGCCACCCAGCUAAGAAUGCUGUUCAGAAAUCAAGUGCAGUUAUCCUCAUGUUAAAUCGUAGCGAUGCCAAAAACCUUCACGCUGCAGUAGAGAAGGCUCAGGAAAACCCUGCGCUUCGGGUACCUCCACGUGUUCAGUUUCUCAGCCCCAUGAAGCUCGUGUUGUGCCUGGUCCUGAUCAGGAUCCAGGUGUUUCUUAAGUGCCUUGAGGUGGAAAGUGCUGCUGCUGCUGCUGAGAGGAUUAAAGGUGAAUGUCUUCAUGUGAGUGAUACAUACUUAUAAAAAUUGUCUGACAGAAAUGGGAUGUGUAAGCUGGGUGUUACCUGUGAGAACUGAAAGCAUUGAAAAUGUUCACAGAAAACCACAGAUGUAGCCGUUACUUCGAGGUGAGCCUGAACCAUUGUGCAAAUAGCAAUCCUUACAGACCAGUAAUUUUACCAGAGAGAAAAAAAUUUAAAAGUGUUAUUACAAAGAAUUGCUAUUCUGAGUCUUCCUGUACGUACUAAAAUUGGUUUUAAACUUCAGCUGAAGAUCUUGCCCUGGCACUUAUCUGCAUCACGCUGAGGCUUUUCCGUGAGUACUUUGCGGAAACACCCUUCCUGUCUCCGCAGUGACUCAACGCUUCUCUAGAAGUGCCGAAGCCUUCAGGGGGCUGACAGCCCCUGGAGGGACCCAGCUGAGUGGGUGCUUGGGGGCAACAGAGCUUGUCCACAAGCAGAUGGUGCCUGUGCCGAAUGCAGAACUUGCAGCUGUCUCGGCAGAUGCCACCAAACAUCAGAAAGUUGCUGCUUGUGAACCUUUUCACUUUCUGCUCAAAUGCCACCUGCCUGGGGUGGCUCUGAUGCAGGGAGUCCCUGUCUGAAUUUGCACUUAAAAGACUUUUUCCAGGUGGUGCUGUGCACCCCUAGUCCCACUGCAGGAUCCCACUGGGAUGCCCCGGGGCUGCUGUGAUGCUGGGGAGGAAAAGCAGGUUUUUGGCCUCUCACUGCGCUGGCAGCAGCACUGGUGGGUGGCUGCACCCAAAGCAGGUGCAGGUGCACAUCAAACCAAAGCCUUCCUUUACUCCUCCGUGGCGAAGAGGACGCAAACCCCACAUCUUUUGUGUGCUUUGUUUCUAUCCUGUCUCACCUGACCUAGCUGGUUGUUGUGUUGGGGAUGUUUGCGAGGGUAGGGAGAGGGGAAGUGCCUUGUCCCAACUCGAGUCAGGCUUUGGCAGUGCCAUGAGGACAGCUCAGAUCAUGGCAUCUCCCUCACGUUGUCUAAACCAAAGUGCCCUUGAUUUGUUUGGUUGAUAGAAAGCAUGCAUUGUGGUGUUAGCUUCCUUUCCUGGUUUUAACUCCAUGCUAAAUGAGCACUUAAUAUGCUAAAGAGAUAUGUAGCAUCUUGUAAAAUAAAGUCAAGAUUUGCAGGUUUCCUGGGAAUCCCGUUUAUCAGGGAAAAAAAAACUGUGAUGGGAUUUAAACUUGUUCAGCCUGAAUCCAGCUUGAGACAAUAGGCCCUUUAGCUGCUGGUGAAGCAAGAUUUUGAGGUUUGGGGGUUCGUCUGAUGCAGAGGUGCAUCGCCCGUCUGGGAGCUUCUUGUGAUGCGCAGUUGGGAACGGAAAGUAUUUGAAAUGUGCCUACCACAUACUUUUUGUUUCUGCAUUUUUAACCAGUGCUUUCCUGUUAAUAGGAACAUGCAUCUAAUUAAAGGGGAAAACACAAACAGCCAUUUCCAUCAACACGUUAGUCUUGUUCGGAAUAGACCCACAAAGUUCUCCCUUCCCAGCAGAGUGCGGUCCUGCUCAGCUGCCCCUGGGGCACCCUGAGGUGCUGGGUUGGGAAGCCAGUCUUGCAGAACAAGCACUUGCAGAUUGCUCAUUAUUUUUAUCUAUCUCUUACCGUAAGCCACGUGAGUGACUAGAUGAACAAAACACAAACGUAAAGCCUUGUACCAUAGUGUUGGGUUCGGUUUUGUUAUUUUAAUCCAGGCACAAUUGUUCCUACUGCAUAGUCCAGGGUGGUUUUUCCAAAAGUUUUAACACCUGAUUUGGGAUCGGCUUGAAACGACCUCCCCGCAACCGAAUGAAAGGAACCGUGAGUGCUGUGAUGUAGCUUACAGGUACGGUCACCAAAACUGACUUGAAGAGGACUUAUCUGUAGUGUUUGUAAUUGAGUUGUAUGUAAUUUUACUUUAUAAUCUCAGUGUAACGAUCAAGUGCAAUUCCAAAUUGUGAAGUGUAAAUCUUGGAUGUGUAAAUAUCGGAAGCUCUUUGUCAAUAAAAGGGAUAAAAGGC